GACGCGACCAGGACGCGGGGAGGACGGACCAGCAGGACAGACCGACCGGGGGCCCGGCGGGCGGAGCGCAGCGCAGCGCAGCCACGUCCCCCCUGGAUCCGCCGGCAGCCGGGCCCGGGGCUUCAGACAUGCCCCCCAGGAGACUGUGCUGGGCAGACGAUGCUGGACACGAUGGAGGCGCCGGGUCACUCGAGGCAGCUGCUACUGCAGCUCAACAACCAGCGCACCAAGGGCUUCUUGUGCGACGUGAUCAUCGUGGUGCAGAACGCCCUCUUCCGCGCGCACAAGAACGUGCUGGCGGCCAGCAGCGCCUACCUCAAGUCCCUGGUGGUGCAUGACAACCUGCUCAACCUGGAUCAUGACAUGGUGAGCCCAGCUGUGUUCCGCCUGGUGCUGGACUUCAUCUACACCGGCCGCCUGGCCGAUGGCGAGGAGGCAGCCGCGGCCGUGGCUCCCGGGACCGAGCCGAGCCUGGGUGCCGUGCUGGCUGCUGCCAGCUACCUGCAGAUCCCUGACCUCGUAGCUCUGUGCAAGAAACGCCUCAAGCGCCACGGCAAGUACUGCCACCUGCGGGGCGGCGGCGGCGGUGGCGGAGGUUAUGCACCCUACGGGCGACCGGGUCGGGGCCUGCGCGCCGCCACGCCAGUCAUCCAGACCUGCUACUCGUCCCCUGCCGGGCCUCCACUGCCUCCCACCGCCGAGCCGCCGUCUGGCCCGGAGAUCGCGGUGAACACGCACUGCGCAGAGCUGUACGCCUCGGGCCCCGGUCCGGCCACAGCGCUCUGCGCUUCCGAGCGCCGUUGCUCCCCGCUCUGCGGCCUGGAUUUGUCCAAGAAGAGCCCGCCGGGCUCCGCGGUCCCUGAGCGACCUCCCGGCGAGCGCGAGUUGCCCCCGCGUCCGGACAGCCCUCCCGGCGCCGGCCCCGCCGCCUACAAAGAGCCUCCUCUCACCCUGCCGCCGCUGCCGCCGCUGCCCUUCCAGAAGCUGGAGGAGGCCGCGCCGACUCCGGACCCGUUCCGUGGCAGCAGCGGGAGCCCGGGACCCGAGCCCCCUCCAGGCCGCCCCGACGGGCCCAGCCUCCUCUAUCGCUGGAUGAAGCACGAGCCAGGCCUAGGCAGCUAUGGCGACGAGCUGGUCCGGGAACGGGGCUCGCCGGGUGAGCGCUGCGAGGAGCGUGGUGGGGACGCAGCCGUCUCGCCUGGGGGUCCUCCGCUCGGCCUGGCGCCACCUCCGCGCUAUCCCGGCAGUCUGGACGGGCCGGGCGCGGGCGGCGACGGCGACGACUACAAGAGCAGCAGCGAGGAGACGGGGAGCAGCGAGGAUCCCAGCCCGACUGGCGGCCACCUCGAAGGCUACCCAUGCCCGCACCUGGCGUAUGGAGAGCCGGAGAGCUUCGGUGACAACCUGUACGUGUGCAUCCCUUGUGGCAAGGGCUUCCCCAGCUCGGAGCAGCUUAAUGCGCACGUGGAGGCGCACGUGGAGGAGGAGGAAGCGCUAUAUGGCCGGGCCGAGGCGGCGGAGGUGGCUUCUGGGGCCGCUGGCCUAGGGCCCCCUUUUGGUGGCGGCGGGGACAAGGUCCCUGGGACUCCAGGAGGUCUGGGCGAGUUGCUGCGGCCAUAUCGCUGCGCGUCGUGCGAUAAAAGCUAUAAGGAUCCGGCCACGCUGCGGCAGCACGAGAAGACACACUGGCUGACGCGGCCCUAUCCGUGCACUAUCUGUGGGAAGAAAUUCACGCAACGCGGGACCAUGACACGCCACAUGCGCAGCCAUCUGGGCCUCAAGCCCUUCGCGUGCGACGCAUGCGGCAUGCGCUUCACGCGCCAGUACCGCCUCACAGAGCACAUGCGCAUCCACUCUGGCGAGAAGCCCUAUGAGUGCCAGGUGUGUGGUGGCAAGUUUGCUCAGCAACGCAACCUCAUCAGCCACAUGAAGAUGCACGCUGUGGGGGGUGCGGCGGGCGCGGCCGGGGCGCUGGCGGGCCUGGGGGCGCUUCCCGGUGUCCCAGGCCCUGAUGGCAAGGGCAAGCUCGACUUUCCUGAGGGUGUUUUUGCUGUGGCCCGCCUCACGGCUGAACAGCUGAGCUUCAAGCAGCAGGACAAGUCGGCAGCCGAGUUGUUGGCGCAGACCACGCACUUCCUGCACGACCCCAAGGUGGCGCUGGAGAGCCUCUACCCGCUGGCCAAGUUCACUGCGGAGCUGGGCCUUAGCCCCGACAAGGCGGCAGAGGUGCUGAGCCAGGGCGCCCACCUGGCCGCCGGACCUGACGGCCGGACCAUCGAUCGUUUCUCACCCACCUAGAGAACCCUGCGCCGGCCCACCUCAUCAGGGUCGUUCGGCCGGGUCCACGCCCCCCAGGGAGCACGCCGUGCCUCAGACUGCUGUAGUAUCAGAGGCAGCGUCGCCCCACCUCUCUGUGGCCUCACAGCUUUGUGCCUUAGCCCGGGGGCGGGGGUUGGGGGAAAGACCCCGGGAUGGGAGUGGGAUGGGGGGGAGGGAGAUUUAUAUUUUUGAUAAUUCAGCUUUGACCAAAGGAGACCCCUGGCCUCUCAUCGCCUCUUCCUGUGGCUCGUUGACCCCCUCCCUAGGCUACGUGCUGCUCUUGGGGGGAGGGGUGUCACUGUUGAGGCCCUCCCAGCCCUACCUCCGGCCCUUGCGACCACACCCAUUCUCACUGUGAAUCUCCCCGCUGGGGUCGGAGAGUCGGGCAGACUUGGGGGGUGGGAAGGGGACUGAGCCGGCCGGAGGGCCCCCCGCCCCCGCCCCCACCUGCCCCGGGACUGAUAAUGUGAAGUUCCUCAUUUUGCACAAGUGGCACUAGCCCCAGGGCCAAACCUUCCUUCCCCCGACCACCAAGGGCUGGGAGUUCUGGAGUCAGCCCUCUGUACCCAGUCUCCUACUCCCUUAGUGCCUCCUUUCCCUGGAGCCCCCGGACAUAUUUAUUGCAUGCACCCCGGUGGCCCUCCAUCCGAGUCCAGGCUGGGCUGGGCUGGAACUCGGUCUCUUUAGCUCCCUUCUCCUCUCCCUCCUUUGGGUUUGUAUAUUUUCUACCUUGUACACAGGCUCUUUUAGAGCCGCUUCCAUUUUCUAUACUCAAACCAAACAGCAAUAAAGCAGUAACCAAGGA